GUUUGCGCACGAACGUUAAAAUCGAAUAAAUAGUCGUCUGCAGGAAGAGUCGGAGCAGACGUCACAAUACACCAGGACGCAUGGUAGCAUAACAGUGGGGCGCGAGCACAAGUGUCAAUUCGAUUAUAUUGUCAUCGUUCUCCGAGGGUAUAUCGGUGCUUUGGCGAGAUCCUUCGGAAUUUCUACCGAUGAUCGGCAAAUCGCGCAUACGUAUUCCUGUGGGUGCCGUGAGGCGGCGAGAAAGACCACCUCUUUAAAUUAAAAGAAGGAAUGACGCUGGAGAAUCCGUUCUUUGUCGUCAAGGACGAAGUUUGUAAGGCCCUAAAUAAAAAUCGCGGUUUAUACGGCCGCUGGACGGAAUUGCAGGAUGUUAUUGUCACAAGCCCUAGUGUGAGUGGGGGAAUCCCAAUCUCGCGCGACGAAUUAGAGUGGACGACUACGGAAUUACGGAAAGCAUUGCGUUCGAUCGAAUGGGAUUUGGAUGAUCUAGAGGACACGAUUCGUAUCGUAGAAAAGAACCCAACAAAAUUCAAGAUAGAUAAUAAGGAGUUAACAGUCCAACGCAGUUUUAUUGAACAAACACGAGAGGAAGUGAAGAUCAUGAAGGAUAAGAUGAAUUUAAGUAGAGGUCGGGACCGCGACAGUACAGCAAGACAGCCACAUUUAGACAACAGUCCUGAUCGAGUUCCUGUCAACCAUGGUACAACUAAGUACAGUAAAUUGGAAAAUGAAAUCGAUAGUCCGAAUAGACAAUUUUUGGGGGAUACAUUGCAACAACAGGACGACAUGAUGAGGCAACAGGAUGAACAAUUGGACAUGAUAGGAGAAAGUAUCGGAUCUCUUAAGACAGUAUCCAGACAAAUCAAUACUGAAUUAGAUGAACAAGCAGUUAUGCUAGAUGAAUUUGGUAACGAGCUAGAGGUGACAGAUUCUAAACUGGAUGCAACAAUGAAAAAAAUGGCCAAAGUUCUUCAUAUGAGUAAUGGUAACUAUAAUAAUUAUAUUCCUGCUCCUACUACUGCAACAUCUAGUGUUUCUGAUCUUGCCUCUAAACCUUCUUCUCUAUCAUCCUUAUCGAACACGAUAACUAAUUGUUUUUUAUGUUCAGGAGAUUAAAUAGGUACCAUUAGCACAAUUCUACCAUAAUUAUUCAGUACAUUAAUAAAAUCGAAAUAGUAUUUAUAUUCUUUUCCUGAACUAUUUACUUUAUCUAAUAUCAUUUGUAAUACGAAUUGAAUAUUAUUACGUAUACUCACUUUCCAUCUGAUGUGGAACUAAUGAAAAUUUAAAGCUUCUACUGAAAAAUUAUGGGAUUUUGAAAUAAAUCUGCCAUUGGUUAUUUACUUUAUCUUUACAAUAACAUUGCAUUUCAGUAUCACUAAUUAACAAAUUAUUUUCCUGUACACUUUUCAAAAUAAUUGAAACUAAUACUUAGCACUGUUUCCAUUUAAUUAUUUUUGAAUUUUUUUUAUUAAACAUGUGUAGGAUUGUGUGAACAUGUGAUUAAUCCAAGGAAUGAUUUAUUGAAAGGUAGAAGUCUCAUUAAAAUAACAAUUAAAGUAAAAGUAAAAACAUAUAAAAUAUAUUUUUUAUUUCACCAUUCCGCAUACAUAAAUUGAAAUCAGCUUCCCAAAAUACUUCUUGCAUUCUUGAUGCGUGCACAAAAAAAAGUAUUUACGCUUUCAUUUCUGUUCUUUUAUUUGCUUUUUCCGUUUGUUCGAAAAAAUUAUGUGAUCACAAUUAAAUACUAAACUCGCACAUUAUUUAACAUAUUUUCAUCUUAUUUAAAAAAAUAUUAAGUAAUCAAAGUCUUAAGAGAAUGUUAAUAGUAUAGAUAAAAUAUGUUAUCAACAUAAAAUAAAAGUAAUAAUUAGUACAGAUAUAUAGUAGUAAUUAUUACCUGAAUAUUGGUAUAUUCCUGUGUUAUUUUAUUUAAAAUAUAUAAACUAUAAAAUUCUAUAACAAUGAAGACAGGAACUUAAACAAAUUUAUAUUUCAAAACCUGUCAUCUAUUCAUUCUCUAUGCUUUCUUUACAUAAUUUACAUUUCAGCACAGUAUAUUAUAAGCGUUAUAUUUGCUUAUAUUUUUAUCGUAAUAGGGAUAAAUGUAGGCAAAGAAUACUAACUUUUAUUAAUGCGAUUGUCAAAGUCUAUGCGUGCAUACAAACAAUUAAGAAAUUGACAAUUCGCAGAAAUUUGAUAUUUGUUUAAAUUAAGUAAAUGCCAAAAAAAUAGUAUCAAAAUGGACCAGUUGCAGUCGUAAAUAACUAUUACAUACGUAGUACAAUAGACACCAACAAGUGUAGUUCGUUGCAAUUCGAUAAGAGCACCAGAGAUAUAUUGUUAAAUCAUUGUACAUCAAAAAUCUAUAGACAGAUAAUGGAUUAUAUUUAAGUACUUCAUUUACAAUCAGAUUUAACAAAGUUAUGCCAAAUAUUGUAAGGCAAGUGUCAAAGCAAGAAAAGUAGCGCAAGUAAUUUGUGCCUAAGAGAAUUUUAACAAAAUAGACAUAGAGAUAAAUAAAUAUAAUAUUAGAGAAACAUUUUCAGUAUGAUUUAAAACCUCUGAUACUUCUACUUUCAAUGUGUACAACAUGUGAUAUUACUGUAUUAAUUGAUGCGUAGAUGAAAAUAGUUUAGUACACAAUAUUGUGGUAUAUUCACAUGGUAUUUUGCGAAAAUACCAGUCAAUUUAUGUGUGUAAUGAAUGUAAAUGAAAAUAUAACGUUUGAAAGAAGAAAAUGUUGAAAUAAAAAAUAAAAAAAAAAUAAAAAAAUACAAUUAUUUGUAUGUAUGGUGACUGCUGGUUGAUUGUUGCUCAAUGCGAACAAAAUUGUUCAUCAUUCACGAGAUAAGGGGGUUGCAAUUAGAAGCUCAAUUAUAGAAAGAUUAGAAUUGAGAGUUAGAAAGAAAAAAAUUGAAAGAUUAGUUAACAAAACAGUUAUUCCAUUGUUAGAAGAAUGUUAAUAAGAUAACAUUGUGAAUUCCUAAUAAAAGAGAUUGUUUAUUCUAGCAUGUAACUAAAAUCUAAAAUGAAAAGAUAUACUUUAUAUUAUUUCUCUUAAUGACCAAUUGUGAAAACAGAUACAGAUGAAUAAAAUUUGCGACUUUAUUUAUACUGUACACGUUGCUGUAAAGUACCACAAACUCCUGAUCCAUUAAAACCACUCAAAUGACAAUUACAGCAAUAAGAUUAUAUACAUAAGAACUCGUUACGGUAAAUUCUGUGCUUGAGAGAAUUCAGCUUUUCGUUAAUUUCAUUGUAACAAUUGUGUUCAAUUGUUUUGAAACUUAAUCAGUAGUACAAAGUCUCUCAAUCAUGGAAUAUAAGCUUUUCCACUUGGAAUAUAUUUAUGAAUGUGCGUUUAUAGGUGUAUUGUUUUUCUUAAUUUUUGCUUAUGUCUGUUUAUAUGAAGAUAAUUUAUAUGUAUACAAAAAAGAUUAAUACAUAUAAGAAUUAUUAUUUUUGGA